AAGUUCCUUGAAAGGUCCUGCUCCAUCUGACCUGUUAUGAAUGAAGAGAUCGUUUAUAGUUUUCAUCAGAUUGUCGGAUUGUUUAUAUCGAGCUUUCACUCUCGCAUGUCAGAUUGACCCGGUCAGCGAUCACCGGUGAUUGUGGGUCACUGCGAAAUCAAAGCGACUCGACCGAAAGUGAAAGUGAUCCGUCAUUCUUCCCAAUGCUUGACGCCAGUCGCUUUAUUUAGUUUAGGGGUUUAAUCUUUGAAUCUUCAUCAUGCCUGUGAGACAGAAAGAUGCUCAGCGGGCACUACAGCUUUUGGAGGAAUACCAAACUAAACUCAGUCAGACUGGAGAUCCUCAUCUCAGACUGUCAAUCGAGAGGGUCAUAAACAUAUUUAAGAGUACACUUUUCCAGGCUCUUGUAGACAUCCAGGAAUAUUAUGAAGUGAGCCUUCAGGAUACUGAGGAUAAACCCGUAGAGGAUUCAAGCCUUAAAAGCAGAGAGUCAUUUCCUCCUGUUAAUGAAUGGAAUCUCAGUGUCCCUCCCAGCACUACUGGACCAACAGAACCGGUGCCCAUCAAUCUUCCUCAAACAGAAGAGAAAUAUAGAUACCAGGAUGAGGACACUACGUCACCUCCCGAACACAGCUCUCCACACAUCCCAGGAGAUGCACGUCCUCCUGAGUUGGUGCAGGUGUCGGAGAAGAACAUCUCCCAGAUUGAGAAUGUACACGGCUAUGUUUCCCAUUCACACAUUUCUCCAAUGAAGCAGGCAGAUGUCAUUCCUCCUCCCUCCGCUCCCAUAAUCCCUGUGAUCCCAAUCUCACCCGUCCCGGCCGAGACCACUGCCAUCAUUCCUGCACCCGCGUCACAGGCAAGUCCAGCACCGGUGGUGGUGAACACAGAAAGCCUUGACUCCUCACCAUAUGUGAAUGGAACAGAAGCUGAUUACGAAUAUGAAGAAAUCACACUUGAACGGGGUAACUCGGGCCUGGGUUUCAGUAUUGCAGGCGGUACCGAUAACCCCCACAUCGGCGAGGACCCAAGCAUCUUUAUCACCAAGAUCAUCCCAGGAGGAGCAGCCGCACAGGACGGCAGACUCAGAGUGAAUGACUGUAUACUGCGGGUGAAUGAUGUAGAUGUGAGAGACGUAACUCACAGUAAUGCCGUGGAGGCGCUGAAGGAGGCAGGCUGCAUUGUCAGACUGUACGUCAGAAGAAGAAAACCCCUCUCAGAAAAAAUCAUGGAUGUAAAGCUGGUAAAAGGUCCUAAAGGUCUAGGUUUCAGUAUAGCAGGAGGUGUUGGGAACCAACAUAUUCCUGGGGACAACAGUAUUUAUAUCACCAAAAUCAUUGAAGGAGGAGCUGCCCAUAAAGAUGGAAGGCUACAGAUUGGGGAUAAACUGUUGGCUGUGAAUGCUGUUUGCCUUGAAGAGGUCACUCAUGAAGAUGCCGUGGCUGCCUUGAAAAACACCCCUGAUGUUGUCUAUUUAAAAGUGGCGAAACCCACUAGUGUCUUUAUGAAUGAUAGUUACGCUCCUCCCGAUGUCACCAGCUCCUACUCCCAGCACAUGGAGAACCAUAUCAGCACCCAAAGCUAUCUGAGUCAACCAUUAACCCCUGCCACCCCAUCUCGGUACUCUCCUGUCUCAAAAGGCAUGCUGGGAGAUGAUGAGAUCACAAGGGAGCCUAGGAAAAUUGUCCUGCAUCGGGGAACCACGGGACUAGGCUUCAACAUUGUAGGAGGAGAGGACGGAGAGGGAAUCUUCAUCUCCUUCAUUUUAGCAGGAGGGCCUGCAGACCUGUGUGGAGAACUGAGGAAAGGAGACCGUAUCGUCUCUGUAAAUGGAGUGGACCUCCGCAGUGCGACGCAUGAGCAGGCGGCCGCAGCACUGAAGAACGCUGGACAGACGGUCACUAUCAUUGCUCAAUACAGACCUGAAG